CUCAGAGAUAAGAAAACGCGAGAGAGAGGGAGGGAGAGCUGCUUGCAUUCCUGGAGUGAUACUAAACAGCCAGACUUCGUAGUUUGUUUUUUACUUAUUUCAAACCGAGGAGUCGCAUCAUCUGGUAUGGUGCACACGCUUUAAGACUUCUGGAAAAGAAAAAAAUGGGAGAACAUUUUCUUCAGGACGUUUUGAGCUUUUACGGUGUUAACAGUUCGCUCUCGACGACAGACUUUGAGAACUUUUUAAACCUCAUCACCUCCCGCCGAGCCCCAGCAUCCAUAGACAGUGAGGCGAAUCCACUUAGGAAUGCAGAGUGUUUAUCUGCCCCAGAUCUCCUGGAUGCCUUUGGGCUGUCUAAUGUGUCUGAGCUGACUGUAGAUCAGCUAGAGCUCAUAUGUCCAGCUGUUAUUACUCAGGUUCUUCUCCCUUCCUGUCCUUACAUGACCCCCUCGACCAUAACCACUGACCCUCAAGUAUGGGGCUAUAGUUUCUUGGCUGUGACGAUAAUUAACUUGGCUUCUCUAUUGGGGUUACUCUUAGUUCCCUUCACUAAGAAAUCCUACUUCCCAAAAGUGCUAACCUACUUCAUUGGGAUGGCCAUAGGAACAUUAUUCUCCAAUGCUAUACUGCAACUUAUCCCUGAGGCUCUAGGAUUUGACCCGAAAGUUGAUAACUACGUGUUGCAUGCGAUUGAGAUUUUUGGAGGGUUCUAUCUCCUGUACUUUACAGAAAGAGUCUUAAAAAUAGCACUGAAAGCAGAUCCUGAGCAUUGCAACAAUCACUUCCCUUCACUGCAAACAAAUGAUGUAAUCAUCACUAGCUUCAGCAAUGACAUUAUCAUAAACAACAUGACAAGUGACGUCAUCACAAAUAAUGCCAACCACGAGGUCCUACCAAACAACAAUGAGAAAACAAGCCAACGCACCAUGAACCCAGACAACGAACAGGAGCCAUGCAUGUUUGUUGGAUGUCGCUGGCUGCGAGGGGAACCAGUGUCAAAUAUAAAAACAGUGGCUUGGAUGAUCACUCUGAGUGACGGAUUGCAUAAUUUUAUAGAUGGACUGGCCAUUGGAGCCUCUUUCACUGUGUCUCUUCUCUCUGGCUUCAGUACGUCUAUAGCUAUUGUCUGUGAGGAGUUUCCCCAUGAGCUUGGUGACUUUGUGAUUCUCUUGAACUCUGGUAUGAGUGUCCUUCAGGCGGUGUUUUUUAACCUGCUCUCUGCUAUGUGCUGUUAUCUCGGCUUGGUGCUGGGAAUCUUGCUGGGCAGCAACUUUGCUCCAAAUGCCAUCUUUGCCAUUGCUGGCGGAAUGUUUCUUUACAUCUCUCUGGCUGACAUGUUUCCAGAGAUGAAUGAAAUAAUGAGCGCACAUGCCAGAGGCCGUAAAGGAAAGAUCUUAUUCUUUCUGUUCCAAAAUGGUGGCCUGCUAACUGGCUUUUCUAUUAUCCUUCUCAUCACUAUGUUUGCUGAAGACAUCAAUCUGGGAUAAAUUGAGUUUGAAAAAAUGAGAAUAAAAGGAUUAAAGUGAACAACAACUAUGAGUUCAGGUCACACAAACGGGGACCAAAGGGUUGAUACCACAAGCGGAAAUGAGAAGAUGUUUCAUUUUAAAAACUAUUGAUGUGAAUGCUUUUCCUAUUGUUUAAUACAAUAUUGCAUCUCAAGUAACCCUGCAGGUUAAACUAGGUAAAACAGGGGAAUUCUGUACUGGGUCAUUGCCAUGCUCCUAUGUAAUACUUGUUUAUUGUUUGUUGCUGAAACUCUGAAAGGUUUCCUUCACCAUCGCUAGGUUUACAGACUUGACUUAAAUAUAUAGGAAAAUAAAUAUAAACUACUAUAUUAUUUAGUUAUUUCCUGUGAUUUGUGACCAGGCCAAAGAGACAGACCACUUAUGUGAAUGGGGUAAUUGCAUAAAGCAACUUGUUGGUUUAGUAAAGGUGUUGAAAAAAAGGUGUCAAAAAAAACCUUUAUUACACAUAGAUUAUACAGUUCUGUGGAAAAGUGUUUGUCCCUCCAUUCCUGAUUACCUCAAUUUUUGCUUUUUUCCUCCAUACUGGAAGAAGACAUGAAAAACACAAAACAUUAAUCCCUGAUCAUUUCAUUGAUUUAGAAGAUAUGUAACACUAUGUACUAUGUACUAUAUUAAACCUAUGUAAAGCAAAAUGUCCUCUUCCUGAAUGUAAUAGCCCUUGACAGCAUCACCUGUAACCAAACACUUUCAAUAACUGGAAAUCGGUCACUGAUAUCAUUUGUGGAGGAACUUUUGUGAGCUCUUCUUUGCAGAAUGGCUUUAAUUUGGUUGUAUUGUUGGUUUUGUAUUAUGAACUAUCUGUUUAAGGUCAGAUUGUAAUGAAUAUAAAUCAGAAUUUGUCUGGGGAUUGUUGCCAAGAUUGCAGCAUUACUGGACUUAACUACUGUAGAUGCACUGAUUUUUUUUUAUUACAUAUAUAUAUAUAUAUAUAUAUAU